AUGGCAAUGAAGAUGCUCUUUGGUUGUCUUUUGGCAAUUCUUUUAACUCCCCCACAGACGCCUCAGCAGCCAUGGCAAAUACCAAAGCCUCAGAAGCCUCAGCAGCCUCAGCAGCCACAGCAGCCUCAGCAGCCACAGCAAACACCAAAACCACAGACGCCUCAGCAGCCACAGCAGACUCCAAAGCCUCAGAAGCCUCAGCAGCCUCAGCAUCCACAGCAGCCUCAGCAGCCUCGGCAACUACCGAAGCCUCAGCAGCCUCAGCAGCCACAGCAGCCACAGCAGCCACAGCAACAACCAAACCCACAGCCGCUUCAGCAGCCUCAGCAGCCUCAGCAGCCAUCAUAUAUAGAGAACCAUGACAAUUGUGGCGUAGAUGAUAAAGCCAGGAUACCAUGUGGACCUCCUGACAUUACUUCUUUAGAUUGUCAAGCUAUAAACUGCUGCUAUCAGGGACAAAUGUGCUAUUACAGCAAAGCUGUGACUCUUCAGUGCACCAAGGAUGCCCAAAUCAUCAUUGUGGUGUCCAAAGCGGCCACCAUACCCUUCAUGGAUUUGGACUCAAUCCAUUUCAAUGGAGAUGGACCAAAUUGUAGUCCUGUUGACACCACAUCACACUUUGCGGUCUACCAGUUCCCUGCCACUGGUUGCGGCACCGUCCUAAAGGAGGAACCUGGAGUUCUUAUCUAUGAGAACAGGAUGUCCUCCUUAUAUGACGUUUCUGCGGGACCCUACGGAAUGAUUACCAGAGACAGCCGUUAUGAGCUGAUUGUCCAGUGUAAAUACAUUGGCAGCACUGUUAUGGCUGUAACAAUUGAGGUUGGCCCUCUUCCGGCACCAUCCUCAGUUGCAGCUCCUGGACCUCUGCGUGUGGAGCUGAGGCUGGGCAACGGACAGUGUGUCACCAAGGGCUGUCGGGAAGAGGAUGUGGCCUUCAACUCCUUUUACGUGGAUGCCGACUACCCCAUCACUAAAGUGCUCAGGGAUCCUGUGUACGUUGAAGUUCGAAUGCUGGAGAGGACAGAUCCCAACCUUGUCUUGACUCUUGGAAGAUGUUGGGCAACUUCUAACCCCCACGCUCAUAGCCUUCCUCAGUGGGACUUGCUGAUCAAUGGCUGCCCAUACAACGAUGACCGUUACCAAACCACCCUGGCCCAUGUAAACGCGUCACCAAAUGUCUUGUACCCAUCCCACCACAAACGUUUUGUUUUCAAGAUGUUCACAUUUGUAGCUGCUACACCGUCCAAUCCCAGCAAGGGAGUGAAAGGCCCUUCAGAUCCAGCCGUUCUAAUGCCUCGCAACGAAAAGGUGUACAUACACUGCAACACAGCUGUGUGCCAACUGACUCCCGGAAAUAACUGUGAACCCAAAUGCUUUGAAAGCAGAACGAAGAGAGACAUUGCUGCUUCGAGCAAAGGAGGCCCCAGAGCUCACACCGUGGUUAGCAGUAUGGAGCUUGUCAUCACCAACCAAGAAUGAGUAUUUGUUAAUAACAUGCAGACAGAACUUAUACAUGAAAUAUCUGUUCUAGAUGCUUACUAAUAAAGUCUUUGAAUUUCAAAUAAAUAUUUGAAUUU